CGUCAUCGGCCGACACAACAUCAUUUUUUGUUGAUGUAGUGGGUAAAUGUCAAUUCUAAUAAUAAAUCCCCCGAAAAGAAUCUCGGAAAUAAAUCGAAAGCAUUGUGCAAUCGUCCAUAGCCUGCCACGUGUAUCCUUACUGCGAAAAUCAUCAGUUCUGGAUGCAGGCUGUCAUAAACAGACUUUGCUGUGAUAUGUGCUCGUACACGUCUGUCAAAGAUACUAUUUAGUUGGUGGGUGUAGUGUCGCAUUACUCAACUCAGCAAAAGGUGAUUUCGGUGCCUCCGUAGAAUUCGAUGCCAAAGAACGGUAAAUUUCCCUUCAUUCAUCUGCUCAUUAACAUUCCGGGGAUGACUCGAGGGUAAUGGAGAUUAAUUGAUUUAUCAGUGUCCACAGACUCUCUAAGUCUAUCAAAAUUAUCAGCUCCGGGUCAUUUCACACGCCUCCCUGCGAUAUUUGUUUCAUCGCUGAUGGAUGAAAAAGGUCCAGACGGUGAGAAAAAAACACAAGAGCAAUUUAACCCAAUUGACGAGUUCUGUUUGACGUUAAACUAGUGACCUCACUGCGCCAUCAAUUCUCCCCGACAUAAAACCAUAUAGGUGGUGUAGGAAGAUGCUAUGGCGGCCUCGGGGUCACGCAAUAACGAGGAGGAUUUGAAUGGGGAGUCUGAGUCAGAGGGUAGCAGUAUUUAUCAGUGUGGAUCGGUCAUAUCAACAGUACCUGAUAGGCAUGGCUUCCUGGGGGGAGCGCAGUACAGUCCUGAGAGAAAACAAGCAAUAUCUCCAGAGGUGAUUUUGAGAAGAGAGAGAAAAUGGAUUCGUAUGCUGAACAACUGGAGUUCAUUUAUGACAAAUAAUUAUCGUAAAGUACGUGAGAGAUGUAGAAAAGGGAUACCACCGUCAGUGAGGCUUCGUGCCUGGCUAAAUCUCUGUGGUGGUCAGUUACUGAUGACGGAAAAUCCAAAUUUGUACGAGGAAUUGUUGAAGCGUCCUGGGGAUCCAAAGUACAUCGAGGACAUCAAGAAGGAUCUGCACAGGCAGUUUCCACACCAUGAGAUGUUCGUGGAGAAUGCACCUGGCCAGCAGGAAUUGUUUCAAGUGCUCAAGGCUUACUCAAUACUGAAUAGUAAAGUUGGAUACUGCCAGGCACAAGCUCCCAUUGCUGCUUUUCUGCUGAUGCACAUGCCAGCAGUCCAGGCUUUCUGGUGUCUCGUGGCUGUUUGUGACAAGUAUCUUGUUGGCUACUACAGCCAGGGGAUGGAGACACUUCAGAGGGAUGGGGACAUACUUUUUGCAUUGUUGAAGAGAGUGUCACCAGUUGCUUAUAAACAUCUGAAAAAACAGAAGAUGGAACCGAUUUUGUACAUGACAGAGUGGUUCCUCUGUGUCUACACAAGAACCCUCCCCUGGGAGAGCAUCCUGAGGAUUUGGGACAUGUUCUUGUGUGAAGGAGUGAAGAUAAUCUUCAAAGUUGGUCUUGUACUGCUCAAAGGAUCACUGGGACGUUCGUCCCUCACCAAACAAUGUCCCACCAUGUAUGAAACCCUCCAAGUAUUACGAAACCCUCCACCAGAGAUAAUGGAAGAAGAAGCACUAGUUAAUCAGAUCAUGAGACUGAAUUUGAGUGAAGAGGAUUUCGAGUACGAGCACCAGAGACAGAUUCGAAAGAGAAGUAAAAUGAAGGAGCAAACUUCUCACGCCACUGCCAAUGGGCUAGACUGAACCUCUCAAUUGCAAAUCCUCAAAAAAAUCCCCAAAAAAUCAAUGAAGAAUCAAUAUCCUAAUCCUCAGUCAACAGGUGUGCCUUUCUCACAAUUAAUAUCCUCAAUUAAACAAAAAGAGAAGUAAUCAUACAUUUUCUAAGGCUAGUUAGACAAUUAAAGACAGACAAACAUAAUAAUCAAAUUGAAUAAUCGAAGUAUCUUGCGCACAUUCCCAUGAAUAAUCCCAUGAGUCCCCAUUAUAUUUUCUAAUGUAAAAACCUCAAACCUCAUUGACAAAAAAAUCAAUGCACAAUUAAUAUAUUUUUCCUCAAUAUAAAAAAUCUCACAAUUACUGUUCAUAAUAUUCAUAACUGAGAUAAAUGGAAAAAUCGUUAUUGAAAUUUAUGUUCCUCAGUUAAUAUUAAUAUUUAUGUACAAAACUUAGGUAUCUCCAUAAUCAGUCGUAUUUUUUAAUAAUAAAAGAUGAUGCUUAUUAUAUUAUGUAAUAAUACUGAAUGAAAGAUUAUUUAAUUUCGUUGAAUUGGUGAAUAAAUAAGACAUUUGAUUGAGUUUAAA